GUGAUGAUUAUUUCUCCAUAAUAGGAACGGGGAAAAGGAGGAGGAAAAAGUGAAGGGGAAAUUAAUAUAUUUUUUUUGAACCCUUGGUGCAUCGCUUUUAUUCCACAGGAUGCCUUCACUGGCAGAGCGCCCGCGCUCUUCGCAGGAAGCCCUUCUUCGCCUCGAGAAGGGCACAGCAUCUCCUACUACCCAGCUUAAUGAGGCAGCUCAAAUUAUCGGACUCGACCUGUCCCUUUGCGCCAGCCAUCCAGAGAUCAACCGAACCCCUCAUCUCCCGGCCCACGCUGCCCCCAAGGAAGAAUGGGUGCUGCGAUGGUUGUUGAAGAAGCUGAAGUCGGGGAAAAACUAUCGAAUGGAGUCUGCUUCGUUUCUUCUAUUGCGACAACUGAUCGAUUUAAUCCCUCCAAAAACAUUGGCUUCCACCCUCAAGGAUCAAAAAUUCCUCGGAAUUCUCGACCAUACGAUCACGGACCUGACAACUGAUGUGUAUGCCAGUAUUCAGGAUGGAAUGGACGACCUGCUGUUUUCCGACUCCGAAUCCAGUCGUACUCUGAGUGACUCGUCACGCCCGACUGAAGGGGUUGACAAGAAGGGAACCAAGAGGAAGAGGAACAAUGGGGACCAUCAAGAUGCGAUGGAUAUUGACGAGCAGCCCCGGACACUGGCUUCAUGUUUCUUGACCUUCAUGCGUGUGCUGGACUGCUUAUAUAGCCUAGUCAUGCUUGCUCAUCAAGCAUCUGGCAUGAAUGAAGACACCGCCAGCUCGCAUCUGCGACAUGCUCUCAAAGGAGAACCCCAACCGGUUGCGGUCACUCUUGGCAAAUCCUUCACCCUUGCGUCCAUCGCUAUUACUCAGUUCCGUCGCGGACAGAAAACCACCGACUUGCAGCAUUUAUUUUACGUGCUUCCCGCCCUCUUCGAGCUGUGGGAAUGGAGGUCCCACCGCCAAGACGACUCGGGCCAGAGCUUGAGUAAUGAUUCCUUUGCCGCAAAUUGCUUCCAGCGUGCUCUCAGACUCCUACUCUGCGUCCGAUCUACACAGCUUGAUACUGACGAGAAGGCCCAAGUGCUUACCGGUGUGGAGCGUUUGAUUGCUCUGCACGUUGUUCUUCCUGCGCGUGCAGACUUUUUCACUAGGGGCGGCUCGGGUAUCGACUACUCCGCUAACGAGCCAGACUGGAGCUCCGUCAAACCCGUCUCGGAUACCUUCAGGCCUAUUCUUUGCAUAGAAGAGUCCCCAGACCAGAACACCUCUAACGCAAACGCAAGCGAUUCGCCAAAGAAAGAGCUUUGGAAAGCAGCUGAACUUUUGCCGGAGCUCUUUGAUGUUGCGUCGCGAUCCGUUCCCCGGGACACCUUCCGUCGACAAACACAUGAGGCCGCCUGGUUGGAGACUUUGUUCGUUGCUGUUGCAGAGCUGGCUUUCUCUCUUGUGAAAUCCGAGAAUGCACCGUCAUUCCUUUCCGACUUUGUGGGCAUUCUGGAACAACUUUUCCGUGUGGCGCUCAGCCGCAACGUCCAAUUAUCUCUACACACCCUUCUUACCCACGCCGCAUAUACCGGCCUCCUCAAGGAUGGGCUCUCGCAGGUUGAAUGGGGCCUUAUUGCAUUGCUCAUUGAGCUAGGAGUGGAUAUUUUCCUGCCAAACUCCGGCCUUGCGGACUCCACUAAGUAUCUCAAUGGUUUGUUGGAAAAGGUCAUUUUGCACUGGCGCAAUAGCCGGACAACGGACGGCAGCUAUGAAAUAAUUAAGAACGGCAUUAUCCUCCCUUUGUUGCAUGGUUUUACAGCAGCCAGAGAUCUUGCGACCUUUAUGGAAUUGUGGUAUCAGCAGUUAAUCGACGUUGAAGAGGCAAGAACCCAAGACAGUAACCUAAACCUCUUCGCAGUGUGGGAAGAUGACGACCUCUGCAAUGCCUACAGCGAACUAAUGCGGAACCCUCUAAACCAAUCCCUCUGUACCGCUCAAACCCAAGCGGCAGCCACAGAAAUUCGCGCUGACGCUGGCCAAAUUGCCAAUUCCCCUGGGGCAUAUGGGCAGAUUGUGAUCUUGGAGUCUGGCCUCAGAAAAAGAACAAUUGACCUCGCGGAUAAAAAUGACAGCCUCGGCUCUGUAGUGGAAACCGUGAUCUCAGCCCUCUCUUCAAAACAGUCCCUCAACUGGCGGUGGCGCUUGUGGAAACUAGCUCGCAAUCUUCUUGCGAACAACGUGCAGAAAAUUGACACCGGCAUGGGUGCUACUUUGGCCAAGUUAACAGCCGUGGCUGCAAAGUCAAUUCAACGCAACCACAGAGACUUGCAGAAGCUGCACACGCGGUUGGAGUGUCUUGAAAUCUACCAGUUCAUGCUUGUUGCCAUCCAGCAGUCUCCAAGCUCUAACUAUGUUGAAGAAUUUUCCUCCUUGACAAGUAAAGUUGUAACCUUCACAAAGUCAAUCUCGAAACAGGAUUCCUUGCAAUCAAUGAGCUCUCCAUGGAACGGCCGUUCAGACCAUCUUGAUUCGCCAACUGCCUUGGCUCUGGUUUAUUUCCUAUGUCUAGUCCGAAACCCAGAUGUGUGGAUUCGCAUUGAAUCCGAUGUCCGACAAUCUCUGUUCGGACAUAUCCUAUCACUUGCGUCAGCCCAGUACCAUACAUCGUCGUCAAGUUUGGAGACCCCCCCACCAGGGGCUCGGUUCCUCCAGGCCUGGGCUAGUGUUGUUUGUCAUGAAUACCUACUUAAUACUCCCAGAAUCGUAACCGACCUGAUUACGGUUUUGUCUGCACAACUCAAAGAAGAUGUCUUGAAUCGCAAGCUUUAUGUUGAAAGUCUUCAGAGAAUCCCCGCUCCUCUUAUUACCCGCCGCCAGAGAGGCGCUUUAUUAGACUUGCUGCAGGAGGUCAUUGUGCAACAGGAUAGCACAUCCACCCUUACAGUUGGAAUCCUGGCACUGAUGGCCAGGCUGGCGGAUAUGUCCAAAUCUCCAGCCGCACUGACAGGCAACUGGGAGCCCGUCUGUGAUGUAGCGAAAGCAAUUACUUUACAGGGAGCAGAGGUCGAUCUUGAGAUGAUGAAAGCAUUUAGGUUCCUACAUCGAGCAGUCAUUGCGAAGCUACUGCUUCUUUCUGAAGGCGAGCGCCGCAAGCUGUUUAAGAAGAUGUACAAGAAGGUCUCAGCAAAGGCUUCCAAGUUGCAGUCCAUCGAUCGCAGCUCGAUGGAAUGCUUCUUUUUGAGAAUCUCUCUCUCUCAAUUUUGGCUUCAUCGGGAUCAACUAGCAGAUGCGAUAGAUACCACAGAACUGCAGGCUUGUCGCGAGAAGGUCUUUGAAUCAGUAGUAGCCGAAGUCCGUUCCGCCAAAGAUCAGUACAAGAAGCAGCAUCUGGAGGAAACCAUCUCUCUUAUCAAAACUUUGGACGCGCUGGAGGACUUCGAGGACCUGGCAGCAGGCCACAAGGAAGUUGGAAGGUUCCUAUCCAAGAUUGAGAGCUACGUCGAAAAAUCUACGGAGGAGGGAGGGUCGUCAUUGCGCCGGCUUAUUCGGCGUCGAGUCCUGGCCACUCAAGGCUCGGCGAAAACCAUCACAGUUCCUGUGGUACAAUACGCCGAGUCCCUGCCGCUUCAGCAAAUGUACAGUGAGGAGCAGCGGCGCUUUAUUCAAUCGACAAGCGAGCGCUUCCGGGCUAUGUCCGCGGAGUCCUUGACCCAGGUGAUUCGAGAUGUCCGCCAGCUGGGAUUUGUGGGCAAAAACGCUGAGUACCAUCUGCUCAUUGCCGGUCUGGCUGUGGCCGCGCUCUCUCCUAUUGAAGACAAGGAGAGCGUUCAAGCGCAGGAGCUGUCGCUACUGUGCACCGCCGUCACCGAGUCUGUGCCACGCACCAAGUCCCUCGAACAAUUUGUUCUCGCCACGGAAUGCCUGGAUGCUCUGCUACGCAACCAGCCACGGUCUGUCUCCCAAUGGAAUGUCGACAGUCUUCUUGCAUGCAUCGCGGUGUGCGCGUCCAAGUCAGGCCCCCGGAUCAACCCAGAAUUUGCCGGCACCAUAUAUAUCCGAUUAUGCCGGCUAAUGGGUCUCCUUUUGGGUCUGCACCGUCAAAAGCUGGGAGGUCGUUUCCACCUGAUCCUCCCGGCCAUUCAACGGCUGCUACACUGCUUAUUCGCUCGGUCUAAGAAGCGUGGCCGAUCUGUACUCUCGGAUAACGGAUCUAGCCAACAACCAUUCUGGCUUUCCCAACUCAACGCUGCGCAUGCUACCCAUUUCACCCGCCUUCUCACCUCCCUCUGCGACCCGACAGUCUCUGCUGUCUCUCGACCAACCCCCUGGGGUGCUGGCCAGGAGGGUCUUACCGAUCAGACCAAGAAAUCCAAGCGGAUCGCAGGACAAUACCUCCAGUACUUGAUCAUGGAAUAUGCGCAAAACUCCCUCCGCAGUUCGCUGCCCCCCGAUGUGAAGGCGGCCCUCAUGCCCGGUCUCUAUUCGGUACUCGACGUGAUGUCACGUGACACUAUGCGGGCGCUGAACGCAGGGCUAGAUAUCUCUGGACGAGCGGUAUUCAAAGCGUUGUACGAUGACUAUAUGAAAUUCGGCAAGUGGAAUAAAGGCUAGUGUGGCUGGCUGAGCCUUGACCGGGACCGCGGCGUUUGUGUAUGUGUGCUAGCAGAGUCAGGCGAAAGAUCCCUAAAUACGGACAUACCCGGUUUCAAUAAUGAUAACGAAUCCUGCAAUUAAGAUCUAGACCAAGCUACCGUAGCAGAGGAAAUGUUCCUAUAGUCUGUAGGUUCCUUGGAGGACCUCGGAAGUGUAGAAAGAAUUCCCGCCAGCCAAUCCAUAGGGACAAAUUCAGUUAAUUUAAGUCGAUAUCACGAGGUCGAAAGGCAAAAAAGGCAGCCUUCGG